AUGGCUGGCGGCUACUUCGAUCUACCUAUCGCCUCCUCGCGACGGUCAAGCAUUACUGAUGUACCUGGAGAGACCGGUCGAUCUUCUGCAGGGCCGCGUGUCUCUCCCCUUCCAACUCCCACUGAGGGUGUGGAUCCCGACGGCGCUCAGGGUAGGAGCCGGAAUGCCGGCAUUCUCAAGAGCUCGAAUCGCGUCAAGUUUACGGUCAACGAAGCUUAUCUAGGCCAUAGCCAAACCCUCCCGGCCUCUGAGCCCCCACAGUUCGAUGGCAGAUCGCUACCCCAACGGCCUUUGCCCACCGCCAGCAGCAUUCCACCGGCUGAAAAAUCCAUCGCCGACUCCCAAUCGCUCCCUCUGAUUGAUAUCGGCUCUGGAUCUCCUAUCGGCGCUAUGGGCCUGACCGUCCACUCACGAGCGAGCUCCCCAGGGCUCAUUGGUGACGAUGAGAUCGGCAAUGAGAGGGGACAGAGGGCUAUCCACUCUGCGCAGGAGCGAGCCCAACGACUCGCAUCCCUGCUGGGCCGCUCCACCAGAUCGCCCCGGCCCAGUCCUCGAUCGAGUUUGCCGUCAUCAGUUGCGUCGACCCCCACAGAGGUGGCGCUGCCAUCUGAUUACGGUGACGAGAUCCCUAUGAUCAGUCUCCCCGAAAAACAGUUCGAUUUUGACUACGACGACGACGAAGAAGACGAUGAAGCUGGCCUUGUAAACCACCGCCGGCACACCACACGCGCCUCCGAAGCUCAUCAACUUGUGAGCCAAAUGACCCGAAAGGAGUUCAGUUUCCUAACCAGGAUCCGCGCCCCUUCCCCGGGAAUCCGAUCCGGACAAGUGACCCCUCUCGAGGAGAGAGACCCAGACGCCUACGUCGAACCCCCGACCCACUACCGGGGCGGUAUCCUCGCUUCCCUGCUUAAGCUCCACGAUCAACCACCCACAUCGCACGCUUAUCCCUCCCGUGGCCGGUAUGGCCAUUCGCGCCAGAGUAGCUCCGGAGGACUUAGCAGCCGGGGCCUGUCUCCUGACCCAGGGUGGCGGCCUCAGCGGCCCAGAAAGUGGUACGAAAAGUCACCCAACCAGUCCAGCACCUCCCUGUCUGGAUCCCUGUCCGGUUCGACUGCGAAGAAUUCGAUGAGCUCGCCCACCGCCAUGCUCAAACGCUCGCAGAGCAGCGGUGCUGUGCCCAGCGUCCCCAAGCGCAUGGACAAGGCGCAGCUGGCCGACGAGAUCCGCAUCACCGUCCACAUCGCCGACCUGCUGGCCCGCCAGCGGUACCUGAUCCGACUGUGCCGGGCCCUAAUGAAGUACGGUGCUCCCACCCACCGCCUGGAGGAGUACAUGAAGAUGACCGCUCGCGUCCUGGAGAUCGACGGCCAGUUCCUGUACAUGCCAGGCUGCAUGAUCAUCUCCUUUGACGAUGUCUCCACCCACACCACCGAAGUGAAGCUGGUGCGAGCCCCGCAGGGGGUCGACCUCGGCAAGCUGUCCGACGUCCACAUGAUCUACAAGGAGGUCAUCCACGACGUCAUCGGCGUCGAGGAGGCCAUCCAGCGCUUGGACGAGAUCAUGAGGAGGAAGAACAAGUACCCGAUCUGGGUGGCCAUCCUGGUCCACGGCUGUGCCGCGGCCAGUGUCGGCCCGUUUGCCUUCAAUGCUCGGCCCAUCGACAUGCCCAUCGCCUUCCUGCUCGGGUGCCUGCUGGGCGUGCUGCAGCUCGUGCUGUCGCCACGAUCCAGUCUCUACUCGAAUGUCUUCGAGAUCUCGGCCGCGGUCCUGACCUCAUUCUUGGCCCGCGCCUUCGGCAGUAUACGUUAUAAUGGGGAGCGGUUGUUUUGCUUUUCUGCCCUAGCCCAAUCCUCCAUCGCGCUCAUCCUACCGGGCUACAUGGUGCUGUGCGCCAGCUUGGAGCUGCAGUCGCGCAGCAUGGUCGCCGGCUCCGUGCGCAUGGUCUACGCCAUCAUCUACUCCUUGUUCCUGGGGUUCGGGAUCACAAUCGGAACCGCCGUGUACGGUCUGCUGGACGCGGACGCCUCGACGGAGUACACGUGCCCCGCCAGCCCCAUCACCAACGAGUAUUUGCAACGGUUCCCCUUUGUGAUCGUCUUCACCCUCUGUCUCUCGAUCGUCAACCAGGCCAAAUGGAAGCAGAUCCCGAUGAUGCUCGUCAUCGGGUUCGCCGGUUACGUGACCAACUACUUCGGCACCAAGCGGUUCUACUCGAGCACGCAGGUCUCCAACGCGCUGGGCGCCUUCGUCAUCGGCGUCAUAGGCAACCUGUACAGCCGACUGCGCCACGGGUUCGCCGCCGCAGCCAUGCUCCCAGCCAUCUUCGUCUUGGUGCCGUCGGGACUCGCGGCCAGCGGGUCCUUGGUGUCAGGUCUCCAGUCCGCCGAGCAGAUGACCUCGCGGGCGGGGCCACACUCGGUCAUCACCAACGGGACACAGGGGUUCGUGGACGCCGCCAAGAACAUGUCGCAGCCGACUCCAGGCCAGGAGCACCAGGGUGUUGUAUUUGACAUCGGGUACGGAAUGGUGCAGGUUGCUAUCGGCUUUACGGUUGGGUUGUUCCUAGCUGCGCUGGUGGUGUAUCCUCUGGGGAAGAAGCGCAGCGGGCUGUUUAGUUUCUGA